AUGAGUCAAACUCCACCCGAUGAAUCACACUAUCAUCAAUAUACUAUACCGAAAGAUAUAGAAAUGCAGAUCAACGAAAUUACAAACUUGCAAGCUUUGCUAAAUCAAAAGAUACUGAAUCUCCAGGAACAAUUACAAAAUUUCAAUCAAUUACAAAACCAACCUCAGGUACUGCCUAGUUAUAUUCAGCAUGCUCAACAAUCAGUACCUUCCAAUCCACUGCAGCAACAACUUCAGCAACUUCCUCAACCACAACAAUUGCCAUCACCUCCCCAUCAUCAAUACCAAGAAAAGAUAAAGCUACCUCCAAUAACAGAGUUGCCGCUUUAUAAAGAACACCCAAUUACUCCUCCUCAAUUAUAUAAACAACCACAACUGCUACCACUCCUUCAGCAACCACCAAAGAAAAAGAGAAAACAAACAACUAUAAAUUUCAUGAUAUCCACGCCUUCAAAUCCACCCGUGAAGAAAUAUAACAAGUAG